CCGGCCCCCGGAUCCGCCGCGGGGCUCAGGCGCGGGCCAGGGUCGCCGGUUCGAGCCUUCUGCCCGCGCGGGGCUGGGAGCUGGGGAGCGGGGGUCGCGCCGUCCGGGCCGCAGCCCCGCGCCCUCCGCUCUGUUUCUACACCCCUGCGCGGAGACUUGUAACUAGUUAAUUAAUUCAACAAACGGACCCUUCUGCGUAUCAGAAACUGCAAGGAGUUGCUAGCCCAGUGGGGCAGGCGGACUGGAAGACCAGGAAAGGCCAGGCCCCGGGCAGUGUGGAACCCGUUUGAGGGUGGGGGUCGUGGUUGGGCUUCUCUGAGCCUAAUCUGGAACCACAGUGGAUUGGAAUUUCUUCUGAAAGGGUGAGUCUUCUUGUGGGCAGGGACUGUGUGUUACAUCUGGGUCCUCAGCACCUGGCACUGUCCUCGCACCUGUGUUGGAAGGAAAGACAGAAACAGAGAAGAGGUCUGGGCCAGAAUCUUGAACUGACAGACUAUUAGACCCAGAGACACUGCCCUCUGUGACCAUGAAGCUCUGGGUAUGCAUGUUGCUGGUGGCCUGGUUUGGUGUCCUGGGCUGUGUGCAGGCUGAAUUCUUUACUUCUAUUGGGCACAUGACAGACCUGAUUUAUGCAGAGAAGGACCUGGUGCUGUCCCUGAAGGAGUACAUCUUGGUGGAGGAAGCCAAGCUCUCCAAGAUUAAGAGCUGGGCCAACAAAAUGGAAGCCCUGACCAGCAAGUCAGCUGCUGACCCUGAAGGCUACCUGUCCCACCCUGUGAAUGCCUAUAAACUGGUGAAGCGGCUAAACACAGACUGGCCUGCGCUGGAGGACCUUGUCCUGCAGAACUCAGCUGCAGGCUUUAUUGCCAACCUGUCAGUGCAGCGACAGUUCUUUCCCACUGAUGAAGAUGAAACAGGAGCCGCCAAGGCCUUGAUGAGACUUCAGGACACGUACAAACUGGACCCAGACACAAUUUCCAAAGGGGAGCUUCCAGGAACCAAGUACCAGGCAGUGCUGAGUGUGGACGACUGCUUUGGGAUGGGCCGCUCGGCCUACAAUGAAGGAGACUAUUACCACACAGUGCUGUGGAUGGAACAGGUGCUGAAGCAGCUCGAUGCAGGGGAGGAGGCCACCACAUCCAAGGCCCAGGUGCUGGACUAUCUGAGCUAUGCCGUCUUCCAGUUGGGUGACCUGCACCGUGCCCUGGAGCUCACCCGCCGACUGCUCUCCCUUGACCCGAGCCAUGAACGAGCUGGAGGGAAUCUGCGCUACUUUGAACGGUUGUUGGAGGAAGAAAGAGAAAAGAUGUUAUUGAAUCACACAGAAGCUGAGCUAGCACCCCAGGAAGGCAUAUAUGAGAGGCCUGUGGACUACCUGCCCGAGAGGGAUAUCUACGAGAGCCUCUGUCGUGGGGAGGGUGUCAAACUGACACCCCGAAGGCAGAAGAGGCUGUUCUGUAGGUACCACCAUGGCAACGGGACACCACAGCUGCUCAUCGCCCCUUUCAAAGAGGAGGAUGAGUGGGACAGUCCACACAUCGUCAGGUACUACGAUGUCAUGUCUGACGAGGAAAUCGAGAGGAUCAAGGAAAUUGCAAAACCCAAACUUGCACGAGCCACUGUUCGUGAUCCCAAGACAGGUGUUCUCACUGUUGCCAGCUACAGAGUUUCCAAAAGCUCCUGGCUGGAGGAGGAUGACGACCCUGUUGUGGCUCGGGUGAAUCUUCGGAUGCAGCACAUCACAGGCCUAACAGUAAAGACUGCAGAAUUGUUGCAGGUUGCUAAUUAUGGAAUGGGAGGACAGUAUGAGCCACACUUUGACUUCUCUAGGAAGGAUGAGCAAGAUGCUUUCAAGCGUUUAGGGACGGGGAAUCGUGUGGCCACGUUCUUAAACUACAUGAGUGAUGUGGAAGCUGGUGGUGCCACUGUCUUUCCUGAUCUGGGGGCUGCACUUUGGCCUAAGAAGGGCACGGCUGUAUUCUGGUACAACCUCCUGCGGAGUGGGGAAGGUGACUACCGAACAAGACAUGCUGCCUGCCCCGUGCUUGUGGGCUGCAAGUGGGUCUCCAAUAAGUGGUUCCAUGAACGAGGACAGGAGUUCUUGAGGCCAUGUGGAUCAACAGAAGUUGACUGACAUCCUUUUCUGCCCUUCACCUCCCUGGCCCCACAGCCCAUGUUGUCUUCAAGUUCAACGUGACAGACCCCCUCUACUUUCCAGCCCUUGUCAGGCGGGUCUUUGGAGGCGUGAAUGUUUGUCUGGAGCAGAGAAGGUCCUGGGGAAGGUCCUGGGUGACUUGGGUGACCUGGGUCCCAGCCUCACCAGUCAGCUAUCUCUGGCCGCAAGGGUAGGGUAGGUAGAGUCAGGUGGUCUAGCACCUAGCAAGGUGCUUUUGUACCUCAGAUGCUUUAGGUGUGAGAUGUUUCAGUGAACCAAAGUUCUGAUACCUUGUUUACAUGCUUGUUUUUAUGGAAUUUCUAUUAAUGUGGCUUUAACCAAAAAAUAAAAUGUCCCUGCCAGAAGCCUUAAA